CAAAUUCAAAUAAAAUCCUGUAAUUCCAAUUUGGUCAAAAGGCUGUCCUUGGAACAUCGUAAUUUUGAUAUCUCAAGAUGCUGAUUGUGCCUCGAACUGAAGUAUUCCUCGGAGAACAGCACUGCUUUUAUUCUGAAGCAAACGUAGAUUAUUUUGCAUUUGAUUAGCAACCUUUAUAACAUCCUGUUAGCCAGCAAUAAUUAUGGCUUUAGUUGAAUGCCAAGAAACAAUACUUAUGGAUAGACUUUGAGGGCUUUUCUUGUGCCUGUAUAUAGAAAAAGUGUAAAAGGGACAUACACAGCAGGGCAAAUGUUAUUUUGUCACUUAUACUGGCAAAAAACUGGGAAACACAUUAGUUAACAUGAAGAGAAAUUCAGACAAUUUGGUUUUUGCCCUGCCUGGGGCAGCUGAACAGUGAGUGGUGUGUACAUGUGUGUGUAGAUUUUGGGAUGUUCACAAAAGCCAGCCUUAGCACCACUGACUUCUUGAGGUCAUUCCAGAUCACCUAAAGUGUAAUUUCUGUUCCAUAUUGUUCCUAAAGGAACCUCACUCUCUCUAUCCCCUCAACCUUUUUUUUCUUCACAAGAAAUUUAACUCACUUGGGCCUUUUCAAUGUAUUGCACAGGAAAGACAAGUUCACUGGAAAUCUAAAAGUAUUUUUUAAAAGAAAACGUUUCUUCUGUGCAAAGCUGUAUUGAUGGAAAGUUGAUCAGAAGUUUCCUCUAAUGCCUCAUUAUUUAAUCUGUGACCUUAUUUCGUCCUUCAAGUGGCUCUUGUUACCUUAGAGUAUAAGCAUAUUAUGUAGCAGAAUGUUAAUAGCUUUGUUCAGUGAGGAGAAAACAUGACUCUGCUGUUAAGUUGCACUGGCUGCACCAUGGAAGGAGGGAGCUUUGUAAGCAGCACCUCCUGAAUGGUAUUUAUUAGCAUGGCAAAUAUUUUUCUUUGUGCUAAACUCAAGUCUUACAUGCUGCUCUUCUGUAAAGGAUUAAUUUACUAGUAAAUUUGCUUUUGCGAAUUACCAAAAUUUUGAAUAAUAAUCUUUAAUUUCUCUCCUGACAUAAGUUCUUUGCUUGACGGUAUUUAACUUCUGCCUGGGAUUUUAUAAUGUUACUCUACUUGCCAGUGUUGCAAUGCUCUUCACUCCCAUUUUGUCACAUACAAACAUGCUAUGAAACCCAUUUUCAGAGUAUCUUCUCUUCAGUAUUCUGAGUAUGCAGCUUUGCUGCCAAGCCUCAGGAUGGAAGUUGGUUGCCUGCAAAGGGCAGGAAAACAGUGUUUAAAGGAUUUUAAACAUUUUAAUUUUCUUUUCCUUUUGCUGGGGACUCAGAUACUGAUCACUGCUGAAGGGAGAGUGGUGGGACCAUUGAUGAAUGGUCUGACCUGGUACUACAAAUCCCAUGCUCCUACUUUUAUGUGGAAAGGUAUAAUUUUCAAUAUGGUACCUGUAUGAUUCAUAGUUUGUUAACCUUAGUAUAAACAGGUCUUGCACUGGUCCUUUUAAGACUCUUACUUGUCUUAGCCAUUUACUGUACUAUCAGUGCAGUUAUUUCACAUUUAACUUACCAAGGGAGCUGCCAAGUGAGACCAAACCAUCAUUAAAAAGGGAGGAUUCAGAACUAAGAUAUCAACUACAGCUGUGUGGUAGAAGAUUUGAGCCUCACUUUGGGGCUUACAAGAGUUGCAGGUGUAGCCUGUUGAUUGAAGGCUCCUUAAAGAGAAGCUGUUAUAUUCCUGUGAUAGAAGAGUGUCUGGACACCAUUUGGGUUGCUAACACAUUUCCUGUCGUGUUCUUUUUCUUGGGUUGGUGAUGAGCUACCAUGCAGUCUGGUUUGUUAUAUCAGAAGGAGGUUAUUGCUUCUUCAGGAACUCCAAGUUGGACUUUGCAUUUAGGUCAACUUUACUUCAUUGAUACAAUAGCAGGAGAUCCAGAGGUUCUGCAAGCAGAUGCUGAAACAUACUAUGAAAAACUCUUGAAGAAGUCAUUGUCCACUCCUGAUGUUUUUUCCAUCCCUGGAGGAGGAGAGGUUAAACUUGAAGAUUCCUGUGUGUGUUUUGUCCCUCUCUACCGAAAUAAUCCUACUUGCAAACUGUUGCUGUUAACUGAUCCAAAGGAUAAAGAGACAGUUUUGGCAAUUUAUUUGAGCCAGCGUUGGUGGCCUGUGGAAGAUGUUGUGAAGACGGCUGAUCCUGCUAGAGAUGGGCUUGUUUUGGUCCAGACAUUUGGAGAAAGGAUUGUCCUCUUUGUUCUGAACUGCAUUAUUUUUGGAAUGCUGGAAGGGAGUUCAGCUAAUGAUGCAUUCUUUCUACCUCACUCUGCCACUGAGCGUGCCAAGAUACUCUGGAGAAGUGGCGAGGCUGCUGCCUUUUACUCGGUCAAGAUGAAAGGGAGCUUGUGUGAUGGUACAACCAGCCAGUGUUACCUGCUGCCAGUUUUGGAUACUAUAUUCGUCCGGAGAAAGCACAGAAGAGGUGGCCUAGGAAUGAAAAUGUUGCAUGAUUUCUGUCAGUCUUUCCUGGCUGAGGAUGCCUUGGGGAUCAGCUGCCCUAUUUCUGCUGCCAUGUAUCAAGUAUGCCAGAAAUUCCUACAAGCUCAUCCUGAGGAGCAGAAGCGACUGUGGGAAGUGGAAGCACCAGGAGAUUGGAGCCAACGAGUGAAUAUCUGGUUAAAAAUUCAGAUGGAGUCAUCCCCUUCAGGAAAUAUUCCCCCAGUUUCUCCAGAGGCUGAAGUGGGCUCUUGUAUGGAGAAGACUCCAACCAGUACACUCAGACAAUCUGUUCUGGAGCAGAUGAAUAAGAGUGUUGACUGCUUUCCUGGGGUUGAGCAAGUGACAGGAGAUGCCACGGAGAAAAAAGAUGACACAACAGCAGCAGGGACUUUAAACUCACAAGGUCCUGAAGAGGAGGACUUGGAACAAGGUGCAGGCGAUGCUCAGCAGCAUAAAGGACUCAGGAAAAGAGUAGGUCCUGGGAAAUUAGUUGGAGGCAAGGCUGCCAAGCAAUUUAAAACUACACCAUAAUUUCUAUUUCAGAAAUCAGCAAAAUUCAGUGUGAUCCUAAAAAUUGUAAUUGUUCUUAAUUUGUAACAGUGGAGAAAUUUCUUGAGGUAUGAUGAAAUUUUUUUUGCAGCACACAUUCUUCAUUUUAUGUUUUGUUUUUAAAUAAAG